GUUUCUUUUAACUAGAAAAAAAAAAAUGAGUUCAUCAUCAAAGGUAAACUAAAAGCCAAAUUAUCUAGUGAAUUUGGUUAGGUUCUAUUUUUUUUAGAAUAUUAUUUUACCAUUUUCUUCUUUCCAUAAAAUCAAAAGCAAGAUGAUUACGAGUUAUUUGAACAAGAUAAAUUAUUUGAAUUAGACGAUUCCAUGGAUCCUGUCUCGAUGGAAACACAUAUAUCAUCUAAUAAUAUUGGCUAUAAAAUGCUACAAAAAAUGGGUUGGACACAAGGGAAAGGUUUAGGAACUCAAGGCCAAGGUAGAGUCGAUCCCAUCCGUAUAGAAGUCAAAGAUGAUUCUUUGGGGGUUGGAAAAGCGGAAGAGUAUCAACAAACACAUAUUUCAACUACUUCAAAGCGAAAAGCUCUCGAUAGUGAAAAGCAACUUGAAGAAUCUGAACAACAAAGACUUGAAAGAGAACAACGAGUUCAAAAGAAACAGGCAAUUCAAAAGGAAUUAGAACAAGUAAAAAGAGCAUUUUAUUGUGAAUUAUGCGACAAGCAAUACAAGAAGAUUAGUGAAUUUGAACAACAUUUACAAAGUUAUGAUCAUCACCAUAAAAAGAGAUUCAAGGAUAUGAAAGAAAGUGCUAGAAAUUCAAUUAUAAAUCAGUCAGAAAGAGAAAAGAAACUUGCAAGAGAAAGAAAGAGAGAAGAAAAAGAAUUAAAAAGGAUGCAAGAAGCAAUACAAAGAAAGGCGGGUAUUAAUAAUAAUAGCAGUAAUGGAAACAUACCAACAGUAACAAAUACUACUAUUACAAGUACUAGUAAUAGUACUUCAGAAAGAGAACGGAUCAUACCUAAUAACAGUAAUGAAACUACGAGUAGUACUGAAGGAUGGACGAUAACUCAGAAUACGAGUUCAAAUAGCAUUACUGGAGGAGGAUGGGCAUCCAUACCUCCAAGUAAUAAGCCAUUGAUUAAUAAUCCUAAACUACCUACAAUACCAGCUGCUAAUACUCUACUUACAAAAAAUGAUAGUAAUCAUAAUUCGGCUCCAAAGAAAUUGUCUUUUGGAUUAAAAAAGACAAAUGGAUUCCAAUUUGGAUUAAAAAAGAAAUAAAAUAGUGGCUUGUGUUAUACCAAGCUAUCAUCAUAGUUGUGUGCGCCCCUGGCUUAUAUACAACGAACAUCCCCGCUUUUUUUUUUUUUUUUUUUUAAUUUUUAAUUUUUAAUUUUUU